GCUGUCUCUCCUCACCUCUGGGAAAGCGUUGCACUCUCCCUGGUGGGUCUUCCUGCGGGUGGAGGGUGGCAUGCAGCCCACAAAGCUCCCUGUGACACUGGAGGACCACCAGAAGAAUGUUGGAAGAUAAGAAGCAGCGAGGACUUGGCAAGCAGAGACUGUGGUGAGGUUCAGAACCUACAGUAGCUGGCUCAACAACGCCUGGAGAGGAUGGGUUUGGGAAAAGUCUUCAUACUGAAAGAGUAGUGUUCCUAGAGCUUCAUUGACAUGCAAACGAGGUACCCCUAUAAAGGCACCACAGCCUACUGUCUGCGCAGACAUCACAAAAUGGGCACGGAGCCCACGUCAAGGGGCAACCCCAGUGGCUCAGCCAGCAGCUUCCGAAAGAUCUCCAAGCCUCUGAUGGAGAAGAAGCGCCGUGCACGCAUCAAUAUGUCGCUGGAGCAGCUCAAGUCUCUUCUGGAGAGACACUACUCACAUCAGAUACGGAAACGGAAGUUGGAAAAGGCUGACAUCCUGGAGCUGAGUGUCAAGUACAUGAAAAGCCUUCAGAAUUCAUUGCAAGGACUCUGGCCAGUACCCAGUGGGCUCGACCACCCGUCUGGCUUCCAAGGCUGCUUGCCCGGCGUGAGCCAGCGGCUUCGGCACGGAGAGGAUGGCAGCGGCCUGCGCUGCCCCCUGGUGCUCGAGCGCAGGGCAGGCAGCACCAUGGACAGCGCCAGCCCGCAGGCGGUCUCUAUUCUCAGGCCCUGCCUCCCGGCCCUCUGGGCCCCUGCUUCCGCUGCAGGUGACUCCCAGUCCUCGCUGUCCCCGUUCCCGCUCCCUAGAGGUCUCCCCGAGUCCUCUACCGGCGUUCCCGCACCACAACCAGCGUCAAACUGCCAAACCGAGAACCCGAGACCCGGGCUUGGGGUGUGGCGUCCUUGGUGAGUUCCUGGCAAGGAUUCAGACUCAAGACCCUUCCCCUGCCCCAUCACCCGCUGUCUAGUCUGGGGACACAGAAACUAUUUGGGGCGCCCCUAUGGUGACUGCAGGAACUCUUUCAAUCGGUGGCCUGGUGGGGCUGCAGAAAAAUCCACGCAGCCACUUGCGGAUGUGGUCAAUGUGAAUUCACCCACACCGGUCCCACCCACCAGCCAGAUCAGCUCCCUCCUCCCACCUCCAGUGGAGCUAGGAGAGGACGUGUGGAAUGUGCCCCUUUCCCAGGGACCCGGGGCUGGCAUUCCGCCCCUGACCCCCCUCUCCACGACUGCGUCACGGUGGGAAGGUCGCGAUUGCCAGCAGCGCAGAGCGGACCCCUCACAGCGAGGAGAAUCGCUGCCCCGCCCUGGUCCAUUCAACCGGCCUCGAGCGCUCCGUUCCCACGGGCACAAAGCGCGCAGAGCCCCGCCCCUCCAGCGAGGGUCUCCCAUUCCAUUCCACCCCCACCCAAGACCUUCUCCGCCUCCGCACGGGGCCCACCCUGUGGGCGCUCUCUCCAAGAUCCUCCCUUCGCAGGGUGCUGGUGCAGAGCAGGGGCUCCGCCCCUAAGGUGCAUUGAGUGCGCCAAUGUCGCUGCUUCGCCACAAUCCCAGGUCCCACCCAUCGCUGCGUGGCACCGCCCGUGCAAAGCUCCGCACUUCCGAGAGCUGCGCAUUUUAUGUUCUGAAAAGACGGGUGCCCGGGACCACAUAGCGCCUUCUGAGCCCUAGGCUCUUGGAGUGCUCUUGCACCUGUUACCAUGAGCUGCGACUACAGAGGAGAGCUUUUCUCUCCCAGGCUCCUGUCGUGGGCCAGCCUGGGGUCCAGCACCUCCUA